AUGGUUAUUAAAGUCGGUAUUAACGGUUUCGGACGUAUUGGUCGUCUUGUUCUUCGUCAAUCUUUGGCCAAUCCAGCUGUCCAAGUUGUCGCUGUCAAUGAACCAUUCAUGGACCUCGAUCACAUGAUCUACAUGUUCUACUAUGACUCUGUUCACGGUCGUUUCAAGGGUACCGUCGAAAAGGAUGCCAAUGGUCAUUUGGUUGUCAAUGGAAAGGUUAUUACUGUCUCUGCAGAAAAAGACCCAGCUAGUAUUAAAUGGGGAGAAGCAGGAGCUGAUUAUAUUGUAGAAUCAACUGGUGUAUUCUUGACCACUGAAAAGGCAGGUCUCCAUUUAAAGGGAGGAGCCAAGAAGGUUAUCAUUUCCGCCCCAUCAUCCGAUGCCCCAAUGUUUGUCAUGGGUGUCAAUGAACAUGAAUACAAGUCUGACGUACACGUCCUCUCCAAUGCCUCUUGCACUACCAACUGUUUGGCUCCAUUGGCCAAGGUCAUCCACGAGAACUUUACCAUUGUCGAAGGUUUGAUGACCACUGUUCACGCCAUCACCGCCACUCAAAAGACUGUUGAUGGUCCAUCUGGCAAGGACUGGAGAUCUGGUAGAUCCGGUCUCUCCAACAUUAUCCCAGCCUCUACAGGUGCCGCCAAGGCUGUCGGAAAGGUCAUCCCAUCGUUGAACAACAAGCUCACUGGUAUGUCAUUCCGUGUUCCAAACGCCGAUGUCUCUGUCGUCGAUUUGACCUGCAAGACUGAAAAGCCAGCCACCUAUGAAGACAUUAAGCGUGUCAUCAAGGCUGCCUCUCUCGAUCCAAAGACUGCCCGUUUCAUUGGCUACACUGAAGACGAAGUCGUCUCAUCUGAUUUCAUCGGAGACACUCACUCUUGCAUCUUUGAUGCUUUGGCCGGUAUCAGUUUGAACAACAACUUUUUCAAGCUCAUCGCUUGGUAUGAUAACGAAAUUGGUUAUUCUACCCGUGUUGUUGAUUUAAUUGUUCAUAUUGCUAAUACCAAAUAA